CGGCUACCCUCCCUCCCUCCUUCGCCGUCCCCCUCUUUUUCCUUAUUCCCAUCCUGACGCGAGGCGGAGUUGGAGGUUCGGUCACCGCUGCCUCUGCCGCCACUACCACCAAUAUCACCCCCUUCUCUCCAGAGCUAAACGGGGCGACGCUUCUCCACCGCUCGGUGAGGACAAGGACGGGGUGCGUUGCUACCGCCGCCGUUCCUGCCAGCGCCGAAGCCUCGGGAAAAGCGACCCGAAGAGCCACAAAGGAGCGCCGACGGCGAAGCUUGCGCUGCCAGCGGAGUCGCCAUGAGUUGGGGCACGGAGCUCUGGGAUCAGUUUGAUAAUUUAGACAAGCACACACAGUGGGGCAUUGAUUUCCUGGAAAGAUAUGCAAAAUUUGUUAAAGAAAGGAUAGAGAUUGAACAGAAUUAUGCAAAGCAACUGAGAAAUCUGGUGAAGAAAUACUGUCCUAAACGUUCAUCCAAAGACGAAGAGCCCAGGUUUACCUCAUGUAUAGCCUUUUAUAAUAUUCUUAAUGAGUUAAAUGACUACGCAGGACAGCGUGAAGUAGUAGCAGAAGAAUUGGGACAUAGGGUAUAUGGAGAACUGAUGAGAUAUUCCCACGAACUCAAAACGGAAAGGAAACUGCACCUUCAAGAGGGCCGAAAAGCACAACAGUAUCUUGACAUGUGUUGGAAGCAGAUGGAUAAUAGCAAAAAGAAAUUUGAAAGAGAGUGCAAAGAAGCAGAAAAGGCACAGCAAUGUUAUGAGAGACUGGACAAUGAUACCAACGCCACGAAAGCAGAUGUUGAAAAAGCAAAGCAGCAACUAAACCUGCGUACACAUAUGGCUGAUGAAAAUAAAAAUGAAUAUGCUGCACAGCUCCAAAAUUUCAAUGGUGAACAGCACAAGCAUUUCUAUAUUGUCAUUCCUCAAAUAUACAAGCACCUUCAAGAAAUGGAUGAACGACGAACCAUCAAACUUAGUGAAUGUUAUAAAGGAUUUGCAGAUUCUGAGCGGAAAGUUAUUCCAAUAGUCUCAAAAUGUUUAGAAGGAAUGAUUGCUGCAGCCAAAUCAGUUGAUGACCGCAGGGAUUCUCAAAUUGUAAUAGACUCCUUUAAGUCUGGCUUUGAACCUCCUGGAGAUUUUCCAUUUGAAGAUUAUAGUCAGCACAUUUAUAGGACUGUUUCUGAUGGAACGAUCAGUACCCCAAAACAGGAAGGAAUGAAAAUCGAUGCAAAAACCACUGUGGGCAAGGCUAAGGGAAAACUCUGGCUCUUUGGAAAGAAACCAAAGCCACAGUCCCCACCCCUUACCCCUACUAAUUUAUACACGUCCAGUACUUCUAAUGGUUCCCAGUAUCCCAUAUUCUCCAUUGAACAAAUGCAUUAUUGCAUGAAUGAAAUAAAGACAGGGAAGCCCAGAAUGCCUUCUUUCAAAAACCUCAAAAGAGGGUGGUCGAUGAAGACGGGUCCUUCCCAAGAAGAUUUCAGUCACUUGCCACCAGAACAAAGGCGGAAAAAACUUCAGCAGCGGAUUGAUGAGCUUAACAGAGAAUUGCAGAAAGAGAAUGAUCAAAAAGAUGCCCUCAUCAAAAUGAAAGAUGUGUAUGAGAAAAAUCCACAGAUGGGUGAUCCAGGAAGUCUUCAGCCAAAAUUAAUGGAAACUAUGAACAACAUGGACCGUCUGCGAAUGGAAAUCCACAAGAAUGAGGCAUGGCUUUCUGAAGUUGAAGGUAAAGUAGCAACAAGAGGAGACCGAAGGCAUAGCAGUGAUAUCAACCAUCUCGUAACCCAAGGAAGAGAAAGUCCGGAGGGGAGCUACACAGAUGAUGCCAACCAAGAAGUUCGGAGCCCACCCCAGCAGCAUGGCCCCCAUAAUGAAUUUGAUGACGAGUUUGAAGAUGAUGAUCCUUUGCCAGCUAUAGGACAUUGUAAAGCUAUAUAUCCAUUUGAUGGUCACAAUGAAGGUACCCUUGCCAUGAAAGAGGGGGAGGUUUUGUAUAUUAUAGAGGAAGAUAAAGGAGAUGGAUGGACAAGAGCUCGGAGGCAGAAUGGAGAAGAAGGAUAUGUGCCAACUACCUACAUAGAUGUAACACUAGAAAAAAACAGUAAAGGUGCAGUAACCUAUAUCUAAUCUCCAGUCCAUCAUCUUGUCCGUGAACAUUGCUUAAUGAAUACUGAAGCACGUAAUUGGAUGGAAAAAGUCCAAAACCGUUUAGGAGUCCUUUCAAUAUGUGAUUGACCACAGGAGCCCAAACUAAGAGUUCAGUUUUGAAACUGGAAAAUGUCUGCGUAUAAAUAACUCAGAUUGUUCUCGGUGCCAUCUUUGCUUAAUGUACUUGUACAUCUUCUUUUUCAGUACACGGUCAGGCCAUAUUUUAUUGGUUUUCAUUGUUUUAAUGUUAUUUUUGUAAAGCUUGUUUCUUCCUUUUAAAAGAGCGUCAUUUUAGAACAAAUUGUUUCAUGAGGGUAUCCCAUCUCUGGGCAAUCGAUUAUUCUUCUUGAACCAGAGCUUGUUCCAGUGUCCAAGCAAUAUCUAAACCUAAUUAAAUGAAAAUGAAGAUCGGCUUUUAACUUUUAUUUUCUGAACACAACUCCUCUUCUCAUUGCCCUCUGCCCGUUGAUACCCUGCACACAUUUUGUACAGUCUGCAGGCUAAUACAAUGUAAAGUUAUGCAGAAAUAAAGGAAAACUUUGACUUGCAUGCCAUUGCCUGCAUGUAAUGGAACCUAGGGAGUUGCGAUAUAGGCUUACAAACAUUCCUAUUCUGUAAGUACUUUUGCAGCUUUUCCUUUCAAAAUCAAAUCUGAGAUUCUUAAAAAUGCUACAUGCAAAAGAUUGCAAGGGCUAUGGUGGCCGCAUUGCUUGCUGAUCGGCUCAUUUUUUGCUCUUUCUCGUAUUGGGGAGAAUUUGUAUGUUUCUGUAUACACAACUGAAGAGUCCCAGCUUCUCAUGCCAACACUUGACACAUUUCUCUUGUUAAUUGUCUUGUUCAAAAAGCGCAGAAUAGUUACAACUGCUUCUUGCAGGUCUCUCUUUCUUGGUUCCAUUCAUCCCAAUAGAAAGUUCCCAUAGGAAUAAAUGCAGAUCAGUUCCUUUUGUUAAAAAAUGAACAGAUAAGGUCUUUGUACGUGGAGAAGUUUUCAUGCCGGCAUCGGGUUAUUUUAUGAGGAUGUUAAUCUGUGGUAUCAAAUGAUUAGAAUCGGAGUGUUCUAACUUGCAUUACUUGGGCUUUCAUACUUGUACAUUUUCACUUGGAUGCUAGGAACCAUUUGGAAGUUAAAUUGCACUAAUUUUCUACUGAGUGAAGGUCUUACCUAGAAAGUGUGACAUGGAGAACUCUUGCAAAGGAUCUGAGCCAUUUUAUCUAGUGUAAUCGUAAUAAUCUGAGAUGGAUGUUUGUAAAGAAAAAAAAAAUGACUGUGUUUCUCUUUUUUUGAACGGCCCCUGGUAAUUCUGUUCUGUUCUUCUUUUCCUCUCGGAUUGCAGGUUCCUGAAGCGGGUAUCUGAGAAAAUGGGCGAGAUGUUGAAGGAGGUUACAUGCAGCUGCUUUUUUGGGGGAGGGUGUUAGGCCCAGCAAGAUGGGGGAAAGCCAGUUGCAUGAAAGCAUGUAGGCAUAUGUUUCUCACUAACAAUGUUAGCAUUUCUCUUGUGUGUUCAAAAUUGUGGUAAGCUAAAGCUCCAUUCCAACAGAACCAAACACCCCAGUUUGAAAACAUAUCCUCUCCAUAGUUUGAAGUUCUGAAAUGCUAGCUGUUUACCACUUGCAUUUUAUAUUGGCUGUUUCAGCUGCUUCCUUUUUCCAUAUCCAUUUUUAAAAUCAGCAUUCAGUCGAGAUCUUGUCAUUGACAGUCUUCUGCCUGUGCCACUUCCAUGCUCGCCCUAACCUUUUCCUGCAUGUCUAGAUAACGCGUCAGGCAUGUUCGCCUAAUGUUUUGUACUUCCAUAGCUCUUCCUCGUCUCUUGCAUUUGUAGCAACCUCCAGCACUAAAGUUUUUAUUUCCCUACCCGUUUAUGUCGCUGUAAUUUGUUUGUUUGUUUUAUCUUCUUCAUUGUGACCAUUCCAGUUCUUUGGCGCUACACCGGCUGUGAAAGUAACAUUCAUUCUGCUUUGGGAAUGGAAUACAUCUCAGCACCAGAGGCCAUUCCAGCCUAUCCUCAUCACCUCAAUACUUUCUCAUGAGCACUGAAAUCCUAGGAUAAUAAAGAGCACAGAUUUGCCGCUGUAAGACAACCAACUCUUUUCAGAAAUCAAGUGCUUGUCAUUCAGAUGCUGCCUUAAACUCUCGAGUGCCUAAAUCUGUUGAUUGCCAACAAUACCACUUCAGUAUCCCGCCAAGGGCUAUUGGGUCUCAGCUCUGUAUGACCUCCUGAAUCUUUCUACAGUUCUGCAGCUGUUGGUAGCCAAUGGUAGAUGUUUUCUCGAUCUCUACCAUUCCACAACACAAGGUGCAUUGUGAACGUGACACAUUGAAAAACAAAAGUAUAUGUAUCGAUUUUGUUUUACGUCCAAUGAAUGUUUUUAAUAGGAUUUUUAUGGAGCCUUUUUUUAAUUGCCUAUUUUUUUGAGUUGGGGAUGGGAGAAGACACCAGUUUUUAAAUGAACUGCAGUGCUCGUCUAUUUCCAAGUAUGCUUUAUUGUAAGGACCAGUUAAACAUUGGAGUGAUACUUUGUAAUGAUCUAUGUGCACUUUUAUUUGUAAACAUUGCGAUUUGGACACAUUUAUACAUGUAAAUAUAGUUGUCUGCAGCACCCCGUCAUUGCUCAUGUUAUUUGUCUGCCAUUUGUGAAUUAUGUUAAUGAAAACAUCGAAUCUAAGCAAAAUAGGGUAAUCUUAGUAGAGGGGAGGGGAGGGGAGGGGCAAAGGAACAGUUAAAUUAAGCUUCAUAAACCAGCUUUCUGCUGUUUGUGGUAAUAUUUAAAAUCCUGCUUUUCUAAAGGUGGGAAUCAAAGCAAUAUUUGAACACAGCAAUGCUGGAUUCCUUUAGAACUUUUUUCAGUGUUACUAGCAGUUGUACUAUCAGUAAAACUAAAUCUGUGUGACUCUUGUGUGGAAAUUUCUUCCUUUUUACUAUUAAGUGUGCCACUAUUACACAGAUGAUUUAGUGUAUUUACAUUGAGGGUGAUAAAACACUAAAGGUUAGAGUUUUGGGAUAUCGUAAACAGGGUUAUUUAUAAUAAUGUGACCGUAUGCCAUUACUGACCAAACUACAUCGAAUAGUUGUUCGUUUAAUGCUGGCUUUUUAUUUUAAAGUUCCAAAUGAAAGACAAUGACUAGGUUCUCACUCUUCCAGCCAAGAACCCUAUGGAUUUAGCUUAACAGCCAGUUUGAGCUGCUUUUAACACUUCUAGUAAAGGACUAAUAGUUCUUUUGUGCUACUGUUUUUGUAAGGCAGGAUUUGUUUCCUCAGGAGGAUCUUUUCCUUCCUGUGGUAUAAAGCGACCUUUAUGAGGGUAGUUAAAUGUAAAGGGGAGGAAAAAAAUCUUUGUACUUGCACAGUUGGCUAAAAUUAUUUUGAAAUGUUGAGAAUUAAUUGUCUGAGUCAUAACUUUUCAGUAAUUUUUAAUCUUUCGUGCACGUGUUGAUUUUUUAAAUGUUUAAAUGCUUUGUUAAAUAAUAGUCGUUCUCUUCAAAAUAUUUUCAUGGAAUUAAACAAUCUUUUCAUGGC